AACCGUGUUUUUUGCCCGAGCCGGACGGCCGCUGCGAGCGGAGGCGCCAUCUUGGAAGGGACGGCACAAACUCCGGCGACAACGAGUGACAUAAACAAACGUCCCCCCCUCCCCCCGCCCCGGAUCCCAGCCCCCGACCUCUGAGGGCCGCGAUGUUGUACCUAGAGGACUAUCUGGAGAUGAUCGAGCAGCUGCCCAUGGACCUGCGCGACCGCUUCACCGAGAUGCGCGAGAUGGACCUGCAGGUGCAGAAUGCAAUGGAUCAACUAGAGCAGAGAGUCAGUGAAUUCUUCAUGAAUGCAAAGAAAAAUAAGCCGGAAUGGAGGGAAGAACAAAUGACAUCCAUCAAAAAAGAUUACUAUAAAGCUUUGGAGGAUGCAGACGAGAAGGUGCAGUUGGCCAAUCAGAUCUAUGACUUGGUAGAUCGACAUUUGAGAAAGCUGGAUCAGGAAUUGGCUAAAUUUAAAAUGGAGCUAGAAGCAGAUAAUGCCGGAAUUACAGAAAUAUUGGAGAGACGGUCACUGGAACUGGAUACACCUUCACAGCCUGUAAAUAACCACCACGCCCAUUCACAUACUCCAGUAGAGAAAAGGAAAUACAACCCAACCUCACAUCAUGCAACAGCAGACCACAUUCCUGAAAAGAAGUUUAAAUCCGAAGCUCUCCUAUCCACUCUCACUUCAGAUGCCUCUAAAGAAAACACACCAGGAUGCCGAAACAAUAAUUCAUCAACCUCUUCCAACAAUGCUUACAAUGUGAAUUCCUCUCAGCCAUUGGCAUCCUAUAACAUUGGCUCGUUAUCUUCAGGCACUGGCGCUGGGGCUAUUACCAUGGCAGCGGCUCAAGCAGUGCAGGCCACGGCCCAGAUGAAAGAAGGAAGAAGAACAUCAAGUUUAAAAGCCAGCUAUGAAGCUUUUAAGAAUAAUGACUUUCAGCUAGGAAGAGAAUUUUCAUUAGCCAGAGAAUCGACUGGCUAUUCGUCAUCAGCAUUGGCAUCUACGUUAACACAGACGUUGAGUUCAUCAACAACAGACUCCCGCAGUGGCCGAAAAAGCAAAAGUAACAACAAGUCUUCAAACCAGCAGUCGUCAUCUUCCUCAUCCUCUUCCUCCUUGUCGUCGUGUUCAUCGUCAUCGGCCCUCGCACAAGAACUGUCUCACCAAACAGCAGCAAUACCCGAGUCCGACUCAAACAACCAGGUGGAUUGGACUUAUGACCCCAAUGAGCCACGUUACUGUAUUUGCAAUCAGGUAUCCUACGGUGAAAUGGUGGGAUGCGAUAACCAAGAUUGUCCUAUAGAAUGGUUCCAUUAUGGAUGUGUUGGAUUGUCCGAGGCACCGAAAGGAAAAUGGUACUGCCCACAAUGUACUGCUGCAAUGAAGAGAAGAGGCAGUAGACACAAAUAAAGUUUUGACCUUCCGUCAAAAACAAAAACUUCAUGCUAAAUUUUUUUUUUACAGGACUUAAAACUAUCACAUUUCCUGGUAACCACUUAAGGGAUAGGCAGUCUUAUAAGAUCAUGAACUAUUCAUUUUACUAGUCGUGUUUUAAUAAUGUAAGUAACUUAUUUAUGCACUUCUGGUGUGUUAUAAAUACUAUUCCAGUUAGCCUUGGAAUAUUUCAUUGGCCAACAUACGCAGACAUUUGUUCUCUCCAACCGUUUUCUCAAGGUAACGGGCAUUCUGUGAUUUAGGCGUCGAAGAAUUCCAACGAUGAAGAUUCGAAGAGAAGUAUUUUAUAUUCAACAGGUAUAUUCUGCUGCAUGUCCUGAGCUGUACUCCAGAGCUGUCCUGUAACACUAUGUAUAUAAGUGGUCGCAAAAAAAGUCAGUGCUUCGAAAAAGAUAAAUGGUUUUUAAAAUGCCUUUAUAGCUUUGUUUCUUUGUGAAACUAAAUUCAGCAGGCUGAAGAAAAUGGUUCAUGAAUAAUAUGGGCUGGUGUCCUCUAGAGUACUCGGGUACAUAAACAGAAACUCCUGUAGAGUAAAAACUAAUCUGUGCCAUUAGUCUUUAUAUGUUUCUGCCCCCAAAGAUGGGGCAGUUCAUGA